CGGGGCAUCGUUAUCACUUGGCUGCUAAUCAUAGAUGGAGGAGAAGUCAAGAAUUUGAUGGAAAUGUAGAUCAUCAAGUGGGCACCAAAAGAAAUGUCGGGUGAUGAUAUUCUAAACCAAUUGGAGAGUCUUCCUGUAUUGGUUCCUGGUAAGCAUCCAGGUAACAGAAAGAAAAAGCGCACCCCUGAAGAGCUGAAUUGGACAAGGAAGUCUAUUCUUUUUUAUUUGCCUUAUUGGAGAAAGUUGAAACUGAGGCACAAUCUUGAUGUAAUGCAUAUUGAGAAAAAUAUUUGCGAAAGCAUUUUGGGGACUUUGUUAAACAUUGAUGGAAAAACAAAGGAUACAAUUAAAGCAAGGCUGGACUUGAAGGAUAUGGGUAUAAGAAGUGAACUACAUUUGGAGGAGAAGGAUGAUGGUUCUUAUAAGAUCCCCCCUCCUUGUUAUGUAUUGUCCAAAAAAGAAAGAUUGAAAUUUUGUGAGUUUUUGAAGUCGGUGAAGUUUCCUGAUGGAUAUGCUUCUAACAUAUCUCCUUGUAGGCUUGAAGAGUCAUGAUUGCCAUGUGUUUCUACAACAAUUAUUAGCUGCUGGAUUUCGUAGCUUUUUGCCAAAAGAAGUGUAUAUUGUCUUGGCAGAGUUGGGAGAUUUCUUUAGGAAGUUGUGUUGUAAGACAAUACACAUGGCCGAUAUUGAGCAAAUGGAGAAAGAUAUAGUGGUCAUACUUUGCAAGCUUGAGAUGGUUUUCCCUCCGGCCUUUUUUGAUGUAAUGGUGCAUCUGGCGAUUCAUCUACCUAAGGAGGUUAAACUUGGAGGACCAGUUCAAUUCAGAUGGAUGUAUCCAAUCGAGAGAUUUUUACGAACAUUGAAAGGUACUGUUCGAAAUAAGGCUCGACCCGAAGGUUCCAUUGCAGAGGUUUAUGAGGUGAAGGAAGGAAUACAGUUUUGCUCAAUGUACCUUCAAGAUAACUGGAGUGAGAAGGCUAUCCGCAGAAAGACCACUGGAACUGGAAGGAUGAGGUACCUCCGUUAUCUCCCCUGCAGGUUCAAGAGCGGCUUCAGAGAGGGCAAUACAAUGGUUGGGUGGUAAUGAUACUUGGCUUUGGGAACUCACAAGUCUAAAGCUGAAACAAAAGGCUGAUAAAAGUAUUUCGAACAAGGGGCAGAAGAAAGGAGCUGGGUCAACUCUCAAGCCAAAGUGAUUUCUUUGGCAGAUUUUAGUUUCUCAUAUUUUUGUAUUUUUUUAAUGAAUUAGAACUGCUAUGAAAUAAUGUAAGUUGGUAUUUGAUUGGAAAUAUAAUGUGACCAUUAUACCAUUAUUGCCCUAAAUUGG